UCUUCCAUCUGUUUUUUUCUCAACAACACACAUAGUACAUCUUUUAUAUACAGGUGGAGUCGCCAACGCAACAUCUAACAUCGAAGCUCAAUUUCUUUCAUGGCAGUGCCCAGCAUCUUCUUCAUCCUCCUCCUCCUGGCUCCACUUGAUUUGGCUCUUGGAAACGUGACCUUGGGCUCAACACUCUCCACCAAUGAUCAAACCAAUCCUUCCUGGCUCUCACCUUCAGGAGAAUUCGCUUUUGGAUUUCGCCCAAUCAAUAACACCAAUCUCUUUUUGCUUGCCAUUUGGUUCAACAACAUACCUGACAAAACCAUAGUCUGGUAUGCCAACAUGGCGAGUCCAACUGCACCAUCAGGAUCGCAUGUUCACCUCACACGAACAGGUCUCAGACUCACCAAUCCUCAAGGUCAAGCUCUAUGGACUGCUACAUCACAAGAAGAUGUGUCCCAUGGAGCUAUGAUGGACACAGGAAACUUUGUUUUGGUAUCCUCAAGUUCUUCCUAUUUGUGGCAAAGUUUCAACAAUCCCACUGACACACUGUUGCCAAACCAAACUUUGGGUCUCAACGGUAAUUUAUCUUCUCGCUUAACACAAACGAAUUACACAAAGGGAAAGUUUGAGCUUUAUUUUGAUAAUACCAAUCUCUUGUUAAGUCAGACGGGAUGGCCAACUGAAUCUCGUUACACUAGUUACUUUAAUGUCGAGACGAGUUCAGCAACCAAUGUUAAUGACUCUGCUUUACGGCUAGUCUUUGAUAGAUCAGAUGUUUAUGUAGAGACCAAAGGUGGAUAUCAUAUACCCCUUGGGUCUGCAUGGUCUGACUCAACUCUGGAUGUGAACAGAUUUUAUUACAGGGCCACACUUGAUUAUUAUGGAGUGUUUACGUUAUAUUCUUACCAGAAGGGAUCUGGCAGCAACCAAGUUUGGUCCAUUGUGGACUAUGUUCCGGAAGACAUUUGCGGGAGCAUACGAAGUGAAUAUGGGGGUGGUGCUUGUGGGUAUAACAGCUAUUGUUUAAUGGAAAAUCAGAGGCCAACCUGUAAAUGCCUAGAUGGGUACUCCCUGGUUGAUCCAAACAACUUGUUUGGAGGAUGCCAACCUGAUGUCUCACUUGGUUGCGGGGCUGAUGAUGUAGAAUCAAAAACCAAUCCAGAAGAGGUGUAUGAGAUGAAGACUUUGCAAAAUGUAGAUUGGCCUUUGGGAGACUAUGAAAGAUUGUACAAUUAUACCCAAGAUGAAUGCCAAACAUCUUGCUGGUAUGAUUGUAACUGUGCUGUUGCCAUUUUUGACAAUAAUGCCACUUGUUGGAAGAAAAGACUACCCCUUUCUAAUGGAAGAGGAAAUGUGGAUAGAGGUCAAACGGCACUUAUCAAAACUAGAAUUUUACCACGGAGCAAUCUUCACCAAGUUGAGAAAAUAGAACCGGCUCUUUUAGGUUCGCUUAUUGGUUCUCUGGUCACUAACACCUUGCUUGUCGCCAUUGUGGUUAUGAUUAUUCGGUCAAGGCCAAAAAAGGUUGUCCAAGUUUCAAGUGCUCUUGAUAUAAAUUUGCACUCUUUCACAUAUGAAGCAUUGAAAGAGGCAACUCUUGAAUUCAGUGAAGAGUUAGGAAGGGGUUCCUUUGGCAUUGUGUACAAAGGCACCCUUAAAUCAGGAACCAAUAAUAAUAACGUUGUUGCGGUGAAGAGGUUAGACAGAUUGGCUCAAGAACGAGAGAAGGAGUUUAGGACAGAGCUGAGUGCUAUUGGAAAAACAUGCCACAAAAAUUUGGUACGGUUAAUUGGUUUUUGUGAUGAGGGAGUCCACAGACUUCUGGUGUAUGAGUUCAUGAGCAAUGGAACACUCGCAGACAUCCUUUUUGGUGGACUUAAACCCAUUUGGAAUUUAAGGGUCAACUUUGCUUUGGGAAUCGCAAGAGGAUUGCUUUACUUACAUGAAGAAUGUGACACCCCCAUCAUUCAUUGUGAUAUAAAGCCUCAGAAUAUACUGAUUGAUGAACACUUCAUACCAAAAAUCUCAGACUUUGGGUUGGCCAAGUUGUUACACUCCAAUCAAAGCCGAACUCAUACAAUGAUAAGAGGAACAAGAGGGUAUGUAGCACCAGAAUGGUUCAAGAGAGUUCCAGUGACAUCUAAAGUGGAUGUUUAUAGCUACGGUGUGAUGCUGUUAGAGAUAAUUUGCUGCAGAAGAAAUGUGAUGAUGGACAUGGAUGAAGGGGAGGAAGAAAAGGCAGUGCUAAUAGACUGGGCCUGUGAUUGCUACGCCGAAGGGAGAAUAGAUAUUUUGGUAGAGAAUGAUCAGGAAGCCAUAGCUGACAUAGGGAGGUUGAAGAAGUGGGUGAUGAUAGCAAUAUGGUGCGUUCAAGAGAAGCAUGAAGCACGGCCCACCAUGAAGACUGUAAUGCAAAUGUUGGAAGGCCUUAUUGAAGUGCCAAAUCCUCCAUUACCUUCCUCCUUCACCUCAACCCUGAUUUGAUUCUCAGGCAUUUUAACAGCAAACAAAUUGCCAUCUUUACUCAACCUUCAUUCUUCUAUUUGGUAUGAUUCAAGCCGGCUUGAAACUAAUAUCUGUCGGAUCAAGAGUGUUAACAUUAAAAUCUUUCCAACAAA